AUGUGCCCAUGGCUGCACAGCCUCCAUUGCCGCAAACCUACCGCCAAGGCUCCUUGCCAAAACGAACCUAGCGGAUAUAAAGCCCACCAAAACCCUACUAUGCCAGACCCACAGCUCCUAUCUACUUCUGCAGAGUCAUUUGUUCACGAACGUCUCUUCUCUUCUGCGUCGAUGGCUUUCCUCAGCUGUCUCUUUUCUUUCAUCUUUCUCUUGUUCUUGAUGUUCUCCUUCUCGGAAGCAACUGAGAUUCUGGUUGGUGGCAGAGAAAACUUAUGGAAAAUCCCAUCGUCUCCUGAUGAAUUCAACCAUUGGGCUGAGAAAAUUCGGUUUCGGAUUGGCGAUUCUCUCGUUCUGAAGUACGAUGGAAAGACUGACUCUGUUCUUCAAGUAACUGAGGAGGACUACAAAAGUUGCAAGACAGCCAAGCCAAUCAAAACGUACCAUGAUGGAGACACAAAGAUUGAGCUUUCCCAUUCAGGGCCAUUCUUCUUCAUCAGUGGGGCUGAAGGGCACUGUGAGAGGGGCCAGAAGCUAGUAGUCGAGGUGUUAUCUUCUAAACAUUCUCAGUCUAACUCUCCGGCACUGGCAAUGGCACCCGCGCCUUCUCCGGCGAGUGACGGUCAUGGUCUGAGGGUCGGGGUUGUGGGUUUUGUUUUGGCGUUUGGAAGCAUGGUUGAGUUGGCUUUCGCUUAG